AUUAUUAAAAGUGUGAUGAAAAAAAAGACUAUUUCGAAUUCAAAAGUUGUAAUACGUUAAAGUAAAAAAAAACACGUAAAAUGAAAUCGAAUUUCAGUCGACAUGAUUACAAGAAGUACGCAGUCUACGAAAAGAAGCUCGUCGUACGUUUAGCAUCACAAUAUGAACCGGGCGGUUACUCCCUUCAAGUACAAAAUCGACGAGAUUCCAACAUGACACAACGCGAUGGCAUCAUAAAAUUUGAAAAUGAAAGAAUAAAAACACUCCAGGAGGAGCGUCUGCACAUCCAAAAGAAAACAUUCACAAAAUGGAUGAAUUCAUUCCUUAUCAAGGCAAAAAUGGAGGUCGAAGACCUUUUCACAGAUCUAGCCGACGGUAUUAAAUUACUUAAACUCCUGGAGAUCAUAUCGGGGGAGAAGCUGGGCAAACCAAAUAAUGGACGCAUGCGUGUUCAUAAAAUCGAAAAUGUCAACAAGAGUCUGGCAUUCUUGCACACCAAGGUUCGCCUUGAAUCAAUUGGUGCUGAAGACAUUGUCGAUGGUAACCCUAGAUUAAUUCUCGGUUUGAUUUGGACAAUUAUUCUACGUUUUCAAAUUCAAGAAAUCGAAAUUGAUGUGGAUGAAGAAAACGAAUCAUCAGAAAAACGUUCAGCCAAAGAUGCUCUUCUAUUAUGGUGUCAAAGAAAAACACACGGUUAUCCCGGUGUUAAUAUUCAAGAUUUCACAUCAUCAUGGAGAUCUGGUUUGGGUUUCAAUGCUCUUAUUCACUCGCAUCGUCCUGAUCUCUUUGAAUACAGUACAAUUGUUAAUUCGAAAAAUUCAAAUAUUGACAAUCUAAAUCAUGCUUUUGAUGUUGCCGCUAAUGAUUUGGGUAUUCCAAGUUUACUUGACGCCGAAGACGUUGACUGUGUACGACCAGAUGAAAAAUCAAUUUUAACAUAUGUCGCUUCAUACUAUCACACAUUUGCACGCAUGAAAAAUGAACAGAAAAGUGGAAAACGUAUUGCCAACAUUGUUGGCCAACUCAUGGAUGCGGAUCGUAAAAAAAUGCACUACGAACGCCUGACGACAACUUUACUCAGUUGGAUCCGGAAUAAGACAAUCGAAUUGGCGAAACGUGAUUUCCCAAAUUCCCUUGAAGGCAUUCAAAAGGAAUUAUUGUCAUUUAAGGAAUAUCGAACUAUAGAGAAACCAGAAAAAUACAAAGAACGAAGUGAAAUUGAAGCGUUAUACUUUACCAUCAAUACACUUCUCAAGUCACUUAACCAACCGCAAUAUACCCCACAAGAUGGCCAACUUGUCAAUGAUAUUGAAAAAGCGUGGCAACAGCUUGAAAACGCCGAACACAAUCGAGAGGUGGCGUUACGCGAUGAGCUGUUGCGUCAAGAGAAACUCGAACAGCUUAACUAUAAGUUCGAGAAGAAGUCUGUUUUGCGUGAGGGUUAUUUGAAAGAAAUGAUUCAAGUUCUAUCCGAUCCGAGAUACCUUCGACAAGUCGAUGCCACUUUGAAAAAACACGAAGCGAUAUCUGCGGAUAUUUUGGCUCGAGUAGAACGUUUCAAUGACCUCACAGCCAUGGCUAAUGAGUUGGAAAAGGAGAACUAUCAUGGCAAAGAGCGUGUGAAAAAACGAGAAGCCGAAGUUAUGGAAAAAUGGAGGAAACUCCUUGAACUUCUUGAGAAUCACAAGUACAAUCUAUCACAGAUGAGUAAUCUGAUGAACCUGCUUCGGGAAAUCGCCAGUACCCUUGAGGCUAUUAAAGAGCUGCAGGUUCAGUUUGCCUCGGAAGAUGUGGGACCUCAUUUGUUGGGAGUCGAAGAACUUUUACAGGCUCAUUCACUGCAAGAACUACAAGUGAAUACUCUUGGUGAGACACUUAAGAAAUUCACACGACUAGGACAAGCUUAUAAAGAUCAGAAAGAUGCAGCGAUUCUUAUGCAGAAGCUAGCUGAAUUGGACAAAGCUUAUCAAGUAUUACUGACGCUAUGCUCAAAACGUCGAGCUUGUCUUGAAGAAGCUAGAAACUUCUAUCACUUUAUGGAGGACUAUGACAACGAAGAAGGUUGGCUAGUAGAUAAGCAAAGAAUCUGCAAAACAGGUAUCUCCGCCAAAGACCUGCGUGCUGUUCUUUCCCUCCAACAGAAACACAAAGCUCUCGAAGAUGAAAUCAAAUCGAGGAAGCCAAAAUCCCUACAAAUGGGUGAAGCUGGAAAGAAACUAAUCACAGACAAACAUCCUAGAUCCUCAGAAAUCAAACUGAGAAUAAAUUCCCUCGAAGAGCAUUGGAAAGCUCUAGAAGAUCUAGUUGAAUUGCGUCGUAAGCAAUUGGAAGAUGCAGCUGAGGCAUAUCAAUUUUAUACCGAUGCCAAUGAAGCUGAAUCAUGGUUGAAUGAAAAAAUGGCAUUAGUCAAUUCGAAAGAUUAUGGAACAGAUGAACCUUCGGCACAGGCUUUGCUACAAAGACAUCGUGAUUUACAAGGUGAAUUGAAUGCCUAUUCGGGUGAUAUACUCAAUCUCAAUCAACAGGCAGAAAAAUUGAUUAAAGCUGGAAUUUGCACUUUAGAGCUAUCAGCAGAACCAGAACAGAUGCCUGAGGUCGAGCAAGAGGAAUGGGUUAAUGAAACACGUUUGGUACCAAAAGAAGUUUGGGAGGAAGAGCUUGUCGAGAAGCUGGAACACAAGAAAGUUACUGAAACCAAACUUUUGCCACAUGUCAAAGCUUUGUUUCCCUUCGAGGGUCAGGGUAUGAAAAUGGACAAAGGAGAAGUCAUGCUUCUUAAGAACAAAACCAACAACGAUUGGUGGUGUGUCCGCAAAGACAAUGGCACCGAAGGUUUUGUCCCAGCAAACUAUGUCAAAGAAGUAGAUCCUCUGCCAGUGGCUUGUAUUGUAACAAAACCUGAGAAAGUUAAAACCAAGCAAAAGGUCAAGAAGACCAUCUUAGUCCGACAGGUUGUUCCUGUACGACGAAUCAAACCAUCGAGUGUGUCCCAAAUCAAGCCUUUGGUUAAGCGACGAUCAUCAACAAACAUCAAUGAUAACGCUGACAGUGUAGAGAAGCGUCAAAAACGCAUCAACGUUACCUAUGAUGAACUCCAAGAAAUGGCCCAACGUCGACAUGCACUUCUUGAGGAUUCCAUUCAUUUGUUUGGAUUCUAUCGUGAAUGCGAUGACUUUGAGAAAUGGAUGAAAGACAAAGAGAAGAUGAUCAAGUCCGAUGAGGUCGAGGGUGUUGAGAAUGCCAAGAGGAAGUUUGAAAAGUUCCUGACUGAUUUGUCAGCAGCUUCGAAACGUGUAGAGGAGAUCGAUACUGCAGUGCAGAAUUUUACUCGUCAAGGACACUCCCAGUUAGAUAAGAUUGUUGCCCGACAAAAGCAAAUCCAUCAAAUCUGGCAGCGUUUGAAUAAUGCCAAGGCUGAACGUGAAAAGAGUCUUGAAGGUGCUUCAAGUGUGGAACUUUUCAAUAGGACCUGCGAUGAGGCAAAGGUUUGGAUGAGUGAGAAGAUGUUGCAACUGGACACAGCUGUGAUCAGUCCUGAUUUGAAGACUGUCCAAGCUUUGCAAAGAAGACAUCAGAAUUUGGAAAGAGAAUUGGCUCCUGUUGAGGAAAAGGUUAACCGGGUUAACUAUUUAGGAAAUUCAGUAAAGAAUGCCUAUCCAGCAGAACGGGCCAAUGUAACUGCUCGCCAACAAGAAGUCACUGAUAUGUGGAAGCAAGUUCAUGCCAAGGGUAUCGAGUUGAGAGCUCGUAUUGAGAAUGCAGUUGGACAACAAAUCUUCAAUAAUAGUGCCAAAACUCUAUUGGCAUGGAUUGAUUCGGUUAAGGAUCAGUUGAAUGCUGAUGAUGUCGCCAGAGAUGUCGAGACAGCUAACAAUUUGUACAAGAAGCACAAUGAACUUGGUGAUGAUAUCAAAGCGCAUGACAAUGAAUUCGCUGAGGUUAUCAAUUUGGGUCAUCAGUUGACCGAUGGAAGACCGAAUGUUGCUGAAACUGUGAAGAUUAUUGAUCGAUUGAAGGCCGAACAGGAUGCCAUUCAUAGGGGAUGGGUUGAGAAACAGAAAUGGCUUCAGCAAUGUGUGGAAUUGCAAAUUUACAAUCGAGAAGCUGAUAAGAUUGAUGCUACUACCAAGGGUCAUGAAGCAUUCUUGGAGUAUUCCAACUUAGGAAACUCUCUAGAUGAGGUUGAAGCUAUAUUCAAGCGUCAUAUUGACUUUGAAAAAAGUCUCAUGGCUCAAGACAAGAUUUUGAAAGGCUUCUCCGAUCAUGCUGAUAAACUUAUUGCCAACGAUCAUUACGAUUCGAAAUACAUCGCCAAUCGAAGAAACCAAGUUUUGGCCAAACGAAAGGCCGUCAAAGAUCGUGCAUUCGAAAGGAAACGAUCUUUACAAGCUUCCAAGGACUACCAUAAGUUUGCUGCCGAAGCUGAAGAUCUAAACACUUGGCUCAAAGAUAAGACCAAGAUUGCCGGUGAUGAUAGUUACAAGGAUCUAUCAAACCUCCCGAGGAAGCUGCAAAAACACAAAGCUUUCGAAAGGGAACUCCGAGCAAAUGAAGGUCAAUUAAGAAAUGUCAACAAGGAUGCUGAGUCAUUGGUUGCGGCUAAAAAUCGUGUACCAGAAGUACAAGCUAAGGUUAGCGAUUUGAAUAAGAAAUGGAAGGAUCUUCUAACGACUUCAGAAGACAAAGGUCGCAAAUUGGAACAGGCAUUCUUGCAACGUGAACACAAUCGUGCAAUUGAAGAUGCCAAAAAGAAGGUUGACGAACUCGACAAUGCUCUCAAGAGCAAAGAUGUUGGUCAUGAUUUGCGUAGUUGCAAGGAUUUGAUCAAUAAACAUCAUAUUCUUGAAUCAGAAAUUACUUUAUGGGAACAAAAAAUUGAAGAAUUGGUUUCAUCUGGUGAGGAAAUGGCUCAUGAAGGACAUUUCAAUGCCGAUAAUAUCAAGGACGAAACUAAGGACAUUCAAAAUCGCUUCCAUCUGCUUAAAGAUCCAAUCAGGAAGCGACGAGCUGAACUUGAAGAAAGUUUGAACUAUCACAAGUUUGUGUUUGAACUUGAUGCUGAGAUGCAAUGGAUAAAUGAGCAUAUGCCAGCAGCAACAUCCAAGGAACUUGGACAGAAUUUACAUCAAGCUCAGUCAUUGCAUAAGAAACAUAAGAAGUUGGAAGCUGAGAUUAAGGGUCAUCAGCCGAUGAUAAAUCGAGCUCUUCAAUCAGGACAGACAUUGGUAGAUCAAAAGCAUCCCGAGAAAGAGAAGGUUAAGAAUCUUUGUAACAAACUAGAGAAAGCUUGGGUUGAUCUUGAAUCCAAUGCCAAUGAUCGUGCUAAGAAGUUAGAUAUGUCUCUGAAGGCUCAGCAGUAUUUGUCAGAAGCUGGAGAGAUUGAAUCAUGGUUGGGAGAGAAGAACAAUGUCCUCCGAUCGACAGAUUAUGGACGUGAUCGUGAUUCAGCGACUAAGCUGUUGACCAAACACAAAGCAAUUGAACUCGAAUUGGACACUUAUUCGGGAAUUGUCACCGAAAUGGGUCACAAUUGCGGUGCAAUGGUUGCUGCAGGUCAUCCUGAUGGAAAGGUUUUGUCCUCCAAACAAGCUUUAAUCGAAAAAAUGCUCAAGAGUUUGCAGAAGUUGGCUACACAACGCCAGAUGAGAUUGAUGGAAAGCUUGUAUAUGCACGAAUACUUCUUGGAAUCGGCUGAAGUAGAACAAUGGAUCAGGGAGCAGGAUCAAGCUGCUUCCUCGGAAGAUUAUGGUCAGGAUUAUGAACAUUUGCAGCUUCUCCAAAAUAAAUUUGACGACCUUAAGCAUCGUGUCGAGGUUGGAUCAGACAGGGUUAACCAAUGUGAGGUUCUUGCUAAGAAGUUGGUAGAAACUGAAAGUCCAUAUGCGCCAGAUGUCGAAAAACGACAGGAACAGUUAAGAUCAUCCUGGGAGACCCUAUUGAAGUUGCUUAACCAACGAGAGCAGAAACUCCAUGCAGCUGGAGAAAUCCAUCGUUUCCAUCGUGACAUUGCCGAAGCAUUGUUCCGCAUUCAAGAUAAGAAUGCAGCUCUUUCUUCUGAACUUGGCAAGGAUUUGAAUUCUGCCCUAGCUCUUCUAAGGAAACACGAAGGAUUCGAAAAUGACUUGGUUGCAUUGGAAGCUCAACUUCAAGUCCUUGUUGAAGACUCAGUUCGUCUUCAAGCUAAAUAUCCAUCAAAUGCCAGUGCAAUUGCCCAACAACAAGACAAAGUUGUCACUGCAUGGAAUGAAUUGAAGGAACGAUCAGGAGCACGUUCAGAUCGUCUAGCAGCAUCGUCCGAUCUACAAUCCUUCCUUACCGACGUCAGAGACAUCAUGUCUUGGUCAUCAAAUCUGAGAGCAGCUCUCCAAGCUGAAGAACACGUUAGCGAUGCCGCUGGAGCAACAGCCUUGAAAAUCCAACACGAUGCUAUCUAUGGUGAAAUCGAAGCUAGAGAAGAGAAAUUCCGUUUCCUCAACGAAUUAAGUGAUUCCAUGGUACAAACUGGACACUAUGCUGCCGCUGAAGUCGAAGAAAAGUGCUCUGCCAUGUUGGACGAACGUCAGAAACUGCACGCUGCUUGGAACAAAAAGAAGAUUAUGCUUGAACAAAAGAUUGAUUUGUUCUGCUUCUUGCGAGAUGCCAAACAAAUUGAUAAUCUAUCUAGUUCACAACAAGCAGCGCUCACAAGUUCUGACUUUGGCCAAACUGUGGAAGAUGUACAGAAUCAAAUAAAGAAACAUGAUGAAUUUGAGCGUGUCAUUCAGACGCAGGAAGAUAAGGUUGCUUUGUUGCAAGAUCAUGGUCGGAAAUUGAUUGAACAACGUCAUUAUGAUAGUGCUAAUAUUCAAGGAAUCCUUACGGGUGUUUUACAACGCCGUCAAAGAGUGAAGGAUCUCUGUGAGAGGAGACAUUACAAACUUGAAGAUGCUUUGUUAUAUGCCCAGUUUGUAAGAGAUUGUGCUGAAGCUCAAUCAUGGAUCUCAGAGAAGAAGAAGAAGUUGGAAGCAGAUGAAGCCAAUUACUCUGAAGUCUCCAAUUUGGAUGAAAAGAUUAAAAAAUUACAGAAACACCAGGCAUUCCAAGCUGAAAUUGCCGCUAAUCAAGGAAGAAUCAAGGAAAUCCAAGAAACUGGGCUAAUUUUAAUUGGCAAGAAGCACGAGUCAUCACCAGAGAUCAAACAAGCUAUUGAGAGUGUUGUUUCAUCUUGGAAGAGUUUGCUCGAAGAGUUGGAUAAUCGAGGCAGAGGUCUGGAAGAAGCUCAAGAUAUUUUGGAAUUCAAUAACCAAUUGGACAAGAUCGAAGCAUGGAUUCGUGACAAAGAAAUGAUGAUCCAAGCCAGUGACACUGGACGUGAUUUAGAGCACUGUAAUGCCCUAAUGAGGAAACUUGAUGAUGUGGAUUCAGAUAUGCGAGUUGACGACCAAAGAGUGAAGCAUAUUAACCAAUUGGCAGACAAAUUGAUUCAUCAAGGAGAAGUCCCAGCUGAGACAAAGAACAUUGACAAGAGAAGGAACAACUUUAACAGUCGCUGGAGGCAUCUUCAAGGUGCCCUUAGUGCCUAUCGGGCUCUUUUGGGUGGUGCCAAUGAAAUUCAUGUCUUCAAUCGUGAUGUUGAUGAUACCUCAGAUCGUAUCGCUGAAAAGGCACUUGCCAUGAGCUCUGAAGACACUGGCCGUGAUUUGGCUGCUGUAGAGACUUUAAUCCGCCGAGAAGAUGCUCUCGAACGUGACAUGACCGCUGUAAAGCAAAAGAUUGGUGAACACGAACGUGAUGCCAUGGAUCUGAAGAAGAAAUACCCAGAUCGUUUGCAAGACAUUGAUAAGAAACUCGAUGAGCUGAAAAAAUCUUGGAACAAUCUCCAGGAUCUCAGUAUCAAACGUCGUGACGUACUCAAUGACGCUUAUGAUGUGCAUAAGUUCGUCUCAGACGUUAAGGAACUGGAAUCCUGGGUGAAUGAUAUAAUCAAGAAGAUGAAUGCAGCUCAAGCUCCAAUGACAAUAACCGAAUGUGAGACUCAAUUGGAGUUGCAUCAAGAGCGUAAAGCUGAAAUUGAUGGUAGAGAUAAGGCUUUCUUGGAUUUGAAAAAGCAUGGUGAGAGUUUGGUCAGUGUGGAGAAGUCAAAUGAUGCUAAGAAGUAUCUAAAGACAUUGGGUGAUUUGCAUAAGACUUUACAUGACGCUUGGAAUGAUCGUGCCAAGAGGCUGAGAGAAGCUCAUCAAUUGCAAUUAUUCAAGUCACAAAUGGAACAGGUUGAAAAUUGGUUGGCCAAUAAGGAAGCUUUCCUUAAUAACGAUGAUUUGGGUGAUUCAUAUCAAGCUGUUGACAGGCUGAUUAAGAAGCAUGAUGCAUUCGAGAAGCUUCUUGAAUCAGACAAUGUGAGUGAGUUGGAGAACUUUGCCAAGUCGAUCUUGGAGAGUGAUCCUGAAGAUGCUGCGAUCAUUAGGGACAAGUUGUCAUAUGUUCUUAAGAGGAGGCAAAAAUUGGUCGCCCUGUCACAGGAACGUCGUUUCAAACUCACCCAGUCUAAACAGCUCCAAGAAUUCCUUCGUAGUUUGUACGAAAUCGAUCGUUGGUUAGUUCAGAAGAUGCAAAUUGCCAUCGAUGAGAACUACCGAGAGCCAAGCAACUUGCAAAGCAAAAUCCAAAAGCAUACAGCUUUUGACAGUGAACUUGUAAGUAAUGCCUCUAGAGUCAAGGAUGUGAUUGCCGAAGGAGAAGGUCUAAUCAAAGAUGAUCACUAUGCCAAAACUGAAAUUGCCAAGCAUUUGGAAAUGCUCGAAUCCGAUUGGGAGAAACUAACCGAAGCUUCCAAGGAGAAGAAGGACAAACUUAACCAAGCUUAUGAUGCUUUAACCUUCAAUCGAAGUAUGGAUGAGUUUAAUAACUGGAUGGACGAAGUAGAAUCGCAUUUGUCAAGUGAAGAUUAUGGCAAGGAUCUUGCAGCAGUGAAUAAUCUAAUCAAGAAACAUGAACGUCUUGAAGCCGAUGUCACCCAUCACAAUGAAAUCUGUGAUCAAGUGAAGCAAAAAUCUGAAAAGUUUUUGCAAGCUGAUCAUUUCUUGAAAGAAGAACUUCACGAUCGAGCAAUGGCAACUAUCAAGCGUUAUAGAAGUCUUCAUGAACCAAUUGCUAUUAGGCGGGAGAAUUUGGAAGAUUCAUUGAAUCUUCAACAAUUCAUGCGCGAUGCUGAAGAUGAACUUUUAUGGCUAUCAGAGAAGGAAGUUAUUGCUGCUUCGAAUGAUCUUGGAACCAGUUUGAUUGCUGUACAAGUUCUUCAGAAGAAACAUCAAGGACUUGAAGCUGAAAUUCUAUCACAAGAACCACUUAUUCUUGCUUUGAUACAGCGUGGUCAACAGAUGAUGAGGGAAGAACACUUUGCCAGAGAUCAAGUCAAGUCCAAGUGUGAUCUUCUUCAAUCGAAGUUGGUUAAUCUAAGAGAUUUGGCCAGUAUUCGACGUUUGAGAUUAUUGGACGCUGUCGAGAGUCAAAUGUUCUAUGUGGAAGCAAAUGAAGCAGAAGCUUGGAUUAAGGAGAAACGACCAAUUUUGGCAUCCCAAGAUUAUGGACGAGAUGAACCAUCAGUUCAGUCACAUAUCAAGAAACUUGAAGUUCUCCACAGAGAAUUACAGUCAUUCAAUUCGUCAAUCGAGAAAGUCAACACUUUGGCAACUAAUUUGAUCGAAAGAAAUCACUUUGACAGUCAAAAUAUCAACACAAAGAACACUUCUGUGAGUUCCCAAUACCAGGAACUCUUGAAACUCUGCAGAGAACGUGAAUUACGUUUGGCUGAGUGCAAGAAACUCUUUGAGUUCCUUCGAGAAACUGAAGAUCUUCACGAAUGGAUUGGUGAUCAAAUGACUGUAACUGCUUCUGAAGACUAUGGUGAAGAUGUAGAACAUGUGGAACAGUUGAUUCUAGCUUUUGACUCGUUCAUAUCAAAUCUGACAGCAAAUGAGGGAAGAGUUCAAGCCUGUCUGACACGUGGUGAAGCUCUGAUCAAGGAAAAUAAUCCCUAUCGAUCAUCGAUCAAGUCGAAACGUGAUGAGACCAAGCAAUUGUGGGAUGAACUCAAGGAUCUAGUCAAUGCUCGUCAAGAUGCUCUAGCCGGAGCCAAACAAGUGCAUGUCUAUGAUCGUGCUGCUGAUGAAACUAUCUCCCUGAUCAAUGAGAAGGAUUCUUCGUUGAUUUCCGAAGAUUAUGGACAAGAUUUGGAGAGUAUUCAAGCUUUGAAUCGUAAACAUGCAGUUUUUGAAGCUGAAUUGUCAGCUAUUAAAGAACAAGUUGAUUCGGUUUUACAAGAAGCUUCAAAAUUGGGAGAGAUCUAUCCUGAUGCCAAGGAGCAUAUUGAAGUGAAACGAGAUGAAACUAUCGAAGCAUGGGCUGAUCUUAAGGAAAAAACCGAAUUACGUCGUGGUAAGCUCCAACAAGCUGAACAAUUGCAAUCGUACUUUGAUGAGUACAGAGAGCUUAUUGCAUGGAUCAAUGAAAUGUUGGCAAAAAUCACAGCUCCCGAACUGGCUACAACUGUAGCUGGAGCUGAUGCACUUUUAUCAAGCAUCAAAGAGCACCACGCAGAGAUACAUGCUCGCGAUGAGACAUUUGCCAAUUUCACAGCCAAUGGACAGAAAUUGAUCAAAGAGAAGCACUUUUUGGCUCAUGAAGUCGAUGAGAAGAUUCAGAUUUUGAAGCAGCGUCAUGAUCUUCUGGAAUCAACCCUCCAACAGCGUAAAGAAAUCUACGAACUUAACUUGGACACACGACUAUUCCUUAAAGAAGCUGAAAUUCUCGAAAACUGGAUUUCAAGUCGAGAGCCAUUGCUUAAAGAUUCCAAAUUGGGUGAAUCUAUUCCACAAGUCGAGGAUCUCCUAAGACGGCAUCAAGAUUUUGAGAAGACAGUAGCAGCACAGGAGGAGAAAUUCAAUGCCAUUCGCAGAAUAACACUCCUCGAACAGAGAUUCAAGAAACAAGUUGAAAAUGAAAAGGUUGCCAAGAGAAUGGAAAAGGAAAGAUUAGAAAAGGAACGUCUAGAGAUUCUCAAACAAAAGGAACUACAACGUUUGAACGAGGAACGAAGACGCGCCGAAAAGCAAAACGAAAACCGUGCCAAUGGUGUUGCAGAAAAGACUCCGAUAUACUCUUCGCCAAUGGUAACAUCGCCAGUUGCCACUCCUCUGCGUAGUCCCUUCGAAGAAGAGUACUCAACACCAAAGACUAUUGUAACUGGCCCUGGAACCCCAACAUCGGGUGUAUUUGGAGAUCGUCUGCGACGUGGCUCCGAUACGACUGUUAAGCGAGCUGAAAGUAUGAAAGUACCACAAAAGCAACCUAAACGAACUCCUUCAUUCACCACCCGCAGACGGGCACAAAGCUUCCGUAAGAAUGGCGGCAAAGGUGAAGGAUUCGAUUUGCCACCUGUGGAAAUUCAAGGAUCACUCGAACGUAAACAUGGUCUUCAAUCGGGUGGAAAGAAGGCACCAGUUCGAUCAUGGAAGCAAUUCCACACAGUUCUGUGUGGUCAGUUGUUGUGCUUCUUCAAGGACGAAAAUGAUUUCAUUCAACAAAAGACAGCUACAGCUCCAGUUAAUAUCUUGGGAGCUAAAUGUGAAAGAGCUGAAGAUUACACGAAGAAGAAGUAUGUCUUCCGGUUGAAACUUCCUGAUGGUUCGGAAUUCCUAUUCGAAGCACCGAAACUUGAAUCGAUGAACGAUUGGAUAAGGAAGAUUUCGUUCCAUGCUGGUCUACCGCCAAAUCUACAACUUUUAAGCUAUGAUGAAUCUGUUAGACAAUCAAAUAGUUUUCCAGAUAUUAAAAUUGCCAGCCAAAUUGACUCGCCAAUGAGUUCUAGAGCAUCAUCACCGGAUUCACAGCGUCGUAGUAGAAAUGAUUCGAUAAAUAGUAGUUUGUCAGGAAGUAGCUCGACAACGCCACAAAUGAAUUUCCUGCAAAAACAACAGCAACAGUAUUCACAACAAGCCAGCAUACCUGUACAUCAACCCGCCUCCCCAACUGGAUCAUAUGGAUUCAACGAACAAAAACCUCCAAUACCACCACGAGGUGCACCACCACCAGUACCACAUCGACAAAGUACAGAUAAUUUGGUAGUCAUGAGAAAUCGCAAUAGCGUUGGAAGUGAUAUUACAGAUGCCAAUGCUAAUUAUGGAAGUAUGUCAAGGUUACAUUCAUCAACACUUCCUGCUGGAUUAAGUGGUAUUUCAAAUGGUAACGAAGGUUUUACAAUGGAAACAAGGCAUUCAGAAAAUCCACCACCAUUACCAACAACAAUGCCCCCCGUAGGAGGACACCAAAGAAUAAGUACAUUCGGUACACAACAUAUUAACAACAACAACAACAAUGUCAAUCAACAUCAUCAAAACUAUCAAGGAAAUUUCUCAUUACCACAAAAAAGAUCUUCAUCAUCUGCUUCUGCAGCAACUCGAACAGAUUCAACAAAUCGUUUUGAAAAUAACAAUUUACCAGGAGCCGGACUUGGUAGUACAACAAAAAGAACAACAGUUCAAACAUCAAUGUCUUUAGGUGGUGCCGAUAGUGGUAAUAAUGGAAAUAAUAAUGCAAAUAAUUUAAAUACAACUACAACAACAACAACAACAACGACAAGUCGAACAGUUUGGCAUUAUUCGCCGGAUAAUAAUUCAGUAACAAAUCCAAGUUAUAUGGGAAUAAGUAGUGCUGACGUCGCUGGUUGGGGAACAAGUCGCUAUGAAAAUGCACGACCCGUAUCCUUGCAACCAGAUUCAAUAAACAUCUCUCGUGUAUCGGCAGAAAGCUCUAGCGAAAGUGAGGCACAAUCAAUUUCAUCUGUUUCCGGUGUCAAAGGAAGCAAAAGCAAAGAAGAACGUCGCAGCGGUAUGUUCCGCAUUUUUGGACGAAAAGAUAAAGAUAAGGACAAGUCGAGGAGAUCCAGUCAGCCGCCACAGUAAAAUAAAAAGGAUCAUCUAAACUUUAAAAAAAUAAUAAAAUUAUUCGUUUUUUGUUCUUUGUUAAUGCACUCUAGUAGUGAAUUGGAGUAUAAUUUAUUAUUUAAUUAUAUUUUUUUCGUAUAUUUUGUUUGUUCUUUAUUAUUUUUUUUUUUUUUUGUUUAAAUGUUAAGUCUUAUACAUAUUAUUAUUAUUAUUAUAAUUAUUAUGAUUAUUAAUAUUAUUAAUUAUAUAUUAUACAUGAAAAGUUUUAGUAAAGUGUCAUUUUUUUGCGUAUAGGUA